AUGGAGAUAACAAAUAUUUUUAAAAAAUUGUUAAGACAAAAUGUAGUAUAUACAGAAAGUAAUUCUUUAUUUAGUAUAUUUAAAAAACAGAAUGAAGAAACUUUGAAAGAAAAAACAGAAGAAACUCCAAAUGUAGAAUCGCUGAGUGAAUUAAAAAAUGAUUCAUUAAAAAAAACAGAGGAAGAAAAAUUAAAAGAACAGAAUUUUUUACCAUACACAAAUAAUUUUGAUUCAUCUAAUGCACUAUUAUUUGAAAAUUUAAAUAAAGAAUAUAAAUUUAUAACUACACAAGAUAAUUUUGAUGGAUUUCGUUUUGAAGUUGAUAAAAAUGUAAAUAAAUAUUUACAGUCAACACAUACUUUAUUUUUGGGUACAAGCUUAAGAGAUAUUGGUUAUUUAUAUCAGUUUGGAGCUAAUUUUACAAAUAGUGAUAAUAGUUUAUUAAUGAUAAGUAGGAUAAAUAUAGAUGGAAGCGUAAAUGGUAGAUUUUGUAAAAAAAUUAAUCCUAAUAUAGAUUGCAAAUUAAAUUUUAACACAUUUGCAAAAAGUGAUACAAGAAAUAUGUAUGAAAUGUCAUUAGAAGUAAAUAAACCAGUAUACACGUAUAAUAUCAAGACGAUAUGGCAAGGAGCAUGGAUAUUUAAUGCAUCUUAUACACAAUUAUUAACAAAAAAAUUUCAGGCAGGAGUAGACUUAACAUAUAUCGCCUCAAAUUGUGCAUCUAUUGGAUCAUUUGGAUUACGUUAUAAUCAUAAAAACAACGUUAUAACCAUGCAAGUAAUUAGACAACCAAAUUUCAAAUCACCAGAAUUUAUGUUAAAUCAAACUCAUUUAUAUAAAAUUCAAUAUGCUAAAAAAAUAUCAGAUCGCUUAUCAUUAGGAACAGAACUUGAAUUAACUCCACAAACAAAAGAAUCAGCUAUGAGACUUGGUUGGGAUUACUCUUUUAGACAUGCAAAAGUUCAAGGUACAAUUGAUACAAGUGGUAAAAUUUCAGUAUUUACUCAAGAUUAUUCAGGUUUUGGGGUUAGUGGAUAUAUUGAUUAUUUAAAUAACGAAUACAAAUUUGGAUUUAUGAUGCAUAUUUCACCUUCACAAGAGCAACCUCAGCAACAACCUUCAUAA